AUGUCUUUCCCACCGCCACCAGACAGUACAGUUGACUGUGUCAACCUGGGAUUUAAAAUCCAAGAAGUUAACGGGCACGUCGAGUGUCGCUACAGUGCCCAAAGCGGAACCUGGUCGCCUCCAAAGUUUGUUCGAGAUCCUUACCUACGCCUUCAUGGCAUGGCCCCUGGACUAAACUACGGACAACAGGCCUUUGAAGGACUAAAAGCUUAUCGCACGCCCGCAAAUCGCAUCACCGUGUUUCGGGUGGAUCGUAAUGCGGCGCGACUAGCUCACUCAUCUAGCUUUAUCUCUGUACCAGAAGUGCCUGAGGCCCUCUUUAUCGAAUGUGUCCGCGUCGCCGUCGCUCUCAAUGCGGCUUAUGUUCCGUCGUCUGACACCGGUGGAUCCCUCUACUUGAGGCCUCUAAUCUUCGGCUCAAGCCCGCAAUUGGGCCUUAGUCCGCCUGAUGAAUAUCUCUUCUGUGUUUACGCCAUACCUGUCGGCGUCUAUCAUGGUGUCCAACCCCUCAAAGCUUUAAUUCUUGAUGAUUUUGACCGCGCAGCCCCUCAUGGCACCGGCAGUGCUAAGCUUGGCGGUAACUACGGCCCGGUUCUAAGAUGGAGCGAGCAAGCGCGAAACGAAGGCUAUGGUAUCACCCUGCACCUCGAUAGCUCUACUCACAGCGAGAUUGACGAAUUUUCCACGAGUGGUUUCAUCGGUGUUCUCAAGGAUACCGAAAGCGAUGUCAUCACUCUAGUUGUUCCGAAUAGCAAGAAUGUUAUUUCGAGUAUAACAUCUGAAUCGGUGGUUGCCAUUGCGCAGAGUUUCGGCUGGAAGACCGAGUCGCGCUCCAUAAAAUACGAGGAGCUUGCCUCUUUCUCCGAAGUCAUCGCAGCUGGUACUGCGGCAGCUUUGGUCCCAAUUCGUUCAAUCACGCGCAAGUCCAAAAACCAGACUUUUACUUAUAUUCCCGACGACUUGUCGAGCCCCGGUAAAGUUUACACACAUCUACUAGAAACCCUCAAGGCAAUUCAAUAUGGUCUCGUUGAGGAUAAGUUUGGAUGGAAUACUGUAGUUGACCAAGUCAAUCCCAGGCAGUAUAUCCAAGACGAAGACCAAAUAAAUUCAUGA